AUGGAUAAAAGGGUGUGGAAUCAAGAACUUGGAGCAUCCAUGAACCUAAUCCUUUCCCAGCUAAAAAUAAAAUCUGCCGCGGAGGUCGGUAAACGUGCAGUUGAUUACUGCAGAGGAGACGAUCUCUUCAAGUGCAUACUAAAUAAUCGCGAUUUAAUAAAUAAACGCUGCCCGAGCUAUUUAAAAGAAUUUCCAAUAAAGGAUGAGGGCGAUGCAAUUCGUUUUGGAAAUAUACUGAUCAAGAACGGAUUCAUUUAUCGCUCCCAAUAUCAACCAUUGGAAGGCAUACUGGAAAAGGAUGAAAAUGGGAUGUAUAAAAGACCCAAAUGGCCAAAGCGAUUACAAAUGACUACGAAACAACAGUUUGAUAUAGUAGGCUUUUAUGUUAUAGUGUAUGAGGGCACUCAACAUUUAAACCAUCUAUUACUAGGUCUAAUAAUGCUAGUAGUACUGGCAGGAUGCAUGUUUCCAGCAUGGCCGUUGCAAAUGAAGUUGGCGCUUUGGUACACUUCAGUAAUAUUUCUUACCAUAAUGUUUGUUAUCAUAAUACUAAGACUAGUAGUAUUUAUUGUGUUUUGGUUUGUGGUGAUUGAAUUUUGGAUCUUCCCAAAUAUGUUCAAUGAGGAGCUAGGCGUGGUGGACUCUUUUAAACCAUUAUAUUCCUGGAAAAAGGGAGUUUACUCGACGACAAUGAUGGCUUGCCGCGUUUUUUGCGCAAUUCUCCUAUCAGCCUCAAUUUAUGAACUUGGGAAAACCCAUUCUGUAUCCGAUAUUGGCCGAUUUGCUAAACAGUCUUUCAUUGAUGUGGUGGAUUGGGGAUAUGAAAAACUGACAGCCUUACCCGAGGAAAAUACACACAAAUAUAUAGCAUCGUCAAAGCCAGAAAUGCCAAACGUUGACAAUACAGAAUCUGAUGGGGAAGAAAAAACUGAUGGGUUCGAUGAUUACGAAUGCUUAAAGAACUGUGGCUACAAUGGUUUGGAAGAUUUGAUGAAAAAAUGCGUCAGAUAUUGCUCUUGCAUGAAGGAACUGUUGGAUAAUGAAUGUAUACACAAUUGCAAUGAGGAAAUCAUGGCACUGCUGGUGGAAGCCAAAAACGAGUCUUGCGAAAAAGAGAAGAAGAGGGAAAUGAAAAAGAGGCACUAA